AUGUCUGCUGUCGGAGAAGACCACGAUGGGACUGGUGACACCAUGGAGGGCAUACGAGAAACAAGGCAUAUCGAGAGAGAGUCAAGAAGAAGCUCGAUCCAAACAAACCAACAGUCGACAGUCGAAAAUGUGACAGGCAUCAAUGUUAAUGGCCCCGAACAAGUGGAUGCGGAGCUGUUGAGGCCUCGAGUCAAGGAACGCAUUGAAUCGAGCUUAGGUUCUCUGAAGGCAAUGGAAAACCGUCUUCGAAAUCUCUCUCGAAAAGUUGAAUCAAUCGAAUCAGGAGAUGAGAUAGCCUCGAUCGAAAUGACAAUGCAGCAGCAUCAAGAAGACUACAGUCGUCUCCAGGUGUCACUUGAAACCCUUCGCCCCGACAUUCAGGACGAGAAUGCCGACGGCAGAAGAUUACAAUCACCAGCAACGCGGGGCCGUUCAAGGAGAAGAUCAGGGCAUCCAGGCUCAGGUUCAAUCCGGAGCAGCUCUUCUCAGAGUAGCCGGGGCUCAGUUUCUACGACAGACUCCUAUUACCGGAGUGGAAUUUGUACCCCAAAGCUCAAUUAUGGUCCCUGGCUGGAGAUUGCAAGCGACUCCCGAGGACAUGAGUAUUUUGCAAUCGACAUUCCCUCUAAUGAGCCAACAAGGGUUGAACUCCAAGCCACCAAAGAUUUUCAGCGUCAACAGCAUGAUCUGCAUCGACAAGCUAUUUCUAUCGUACCUGAUCAGGCUCAGCUCCCUGAGAGGAUUCGAGUGAACUCUAAUCGUCUGAUGAGAUUCAUUCUAUCUGCAGCUGAAGAAGGCAUCUCGCGGCCUAUCAACUCAAAGCAAUCGCUACAUAUUCUGCGGCCUUUCAAAGUCCUGCUUACACUCGGGGGCAGGCUUCAAAACCUUAUCAAUAUUCUUGAGAGUGCACGCAAACUACAGCAAGACGCAUCUGAAGAAGAAUAUCUUGCACAGCUCAAUGAUGAUAGCCUCGAGACAGUCUUGGACGAACUUGUGGCAGCGGAUCCGAGUCAUGAUCCUCCUACAGACAUCCGGGAGUUGACAGCCUAUAUUCUAGAUCUCCGAUGUUUGCAAGAUUUUAUGCAAAAGACACUACAACCCCAGGUCGAACGCAUUACCAACAUGACUGAGCCUAUCAGGUUCUCUGAACUUUGGUACAUCUUCCCCGAAGGCUCUUUGAUUAUCUCAAGAGAUCACAGAGUUCUACAGAAGGUCUGGAAGGUCAUGGGACGCGGUGGCGGCCGCUGGUCGCGUUCGCGUCCCGGCUUUGAGAUUCCCCUGACCAACGACUUUAAUCAUUUCUUCAUCGAAUGCUUCUGCCUUGAUUUCAACGGAGACCGGUUUGUUCCAGUUUGGCAGUCUUUCACGAUUCCUGACUUCGAGGGUGUCCAGGAUAUCAUGAACUUGCUAGUUGUCCCAAUCAAAGUGGCCGAGAGAGAUCAGUCGCUUUUUGACCGGGGGGCAGUCCAGGCACGUGGCAAAAAGUUCAUGGAACUUGCCUCUACUGGAGCCCGGCAUCGUCACUUCUCCGGAAGAAGUCUCCAUCUCACGCUCAGAGGCCAAAAGCUCGCUGCAAUGGGAAGAGAAGCACCUAAAAGUGCGUUUGAACAUGCAGAAAGGAUCGACAGUGAAGUCAUCGUCGACAUGGCAAAAGCCCUCGAGGAAGUUCCGACAUGGCUUACUGUCCCAGAACAUCGAAUGAAGGCGCCAAAUACAGCUGGCGAGCUGGCGCCGGUUUUCAAUAAACGGGGAUCGGCUGCUCUCAGGGAUACUGAUACAGGCAGUCAGACAUUCAUCUUCUCGGAACGACGCAAAUGGAGACAGUGGGAAACUGUUAUAUAUACACCAUCUGGUGAUGAUCAAUUGCUCUUACCCAAUAGAGUAUUCGCUUUCAUCUUACGAAACAGAAAGUGGGGUGAGUGUAAACAUGCUCCCAGAGAUCAUAGGCCGGGGGGUUAUCAUAUUGCUACAUGGCGUGCCUGGUGUGGGAAAGACUUCGACAGCCGAGAACUACCACCGACAUGCAACGGAAUGCUCUGGUAUCCGGUCGAAGUGUUUCUUCGCGUUCUAGAGUACUAUGAGGGUAUUCUGUUUUUGACCACCAAUCGGGUUGGGACAUUUGACGAAGCCUUUAAAUCUCGUAUCCACAUGUCGCUCUAUUAUCCGCCACUCUCAGAGCAUCAAACGGCAAGAAUUUGGAUUAGCCACAUCAGGAAGGUGAAGGCGAACGGUGUACAGAUUGAUGAACAAGAGGUCCGGAAAUUUGCGAGGCAAAUAUGGAUCAUCCAAGGACUUCCAGAGCGAGGGCCUGUUUGGAACGGGCGUCAGAUUCGCAACGCUUUCCAGAGUGCUAUUGCACUUGCAGGCUACCACACCCAGACGGGGCAGCAAAUUCAUCUGACAGUGGAGAACUUCCGUCGCGUCGGAGAGGUUUCGGAUCAGUUCAGUCGGUAUAUCUACAAGACGAAGCUUAGUCAGACGGAUGCAGACCUCAACCGCUCUUUUGGAAUUCGUCGUGACGAGUUUGGGCGUGACCCGGGCACACGGCCAGCGGCUCCCUGGGUAGACAGUCAAGUUGUUGAUCCGUUCUUACCAGCCAACUCUGCUCCCCAGCCGCAGAGACCGAAUGUGCAGUUUGGAGGAUCGACGCAAGCGGCAGGAAUUCAGGCCGUCGCGCAAGACCCUUUUCAUCAAUCGGCGUACUCGGCCUCUCCUUGGCAAACAACAACGCAGCCCCAUCAGCAACAGCAUCAGCAACAGUCGCAUCAAGGAUUCCUACAACAGCAGCCUUCGUCUGCGCAGAUACAGGUCCCAAGCCAGCAGAUGUUCCCUCCGCAGCAAGGGGUUCAGCCUCAAAUACAUCAACAGUCACAGCCGACGUAUCCUCAAACUGGCCUUGUGGCGGGUUCCGUCCCCAACAACUAUGAACAGCAAACGCCUCGGUCAUUGCCUCACCUGGCGGAGUAUGGCACCACCCAUCAACCAGCCUCUCAUACACAGAUGCCCGGCAACCCCAAUUUCGAGGGCCCCACAGGUUCAUCGCCAUGGGAAAUGUCUUAA